CAGAGCUGUAUUUCAUCCCACGCCAGCUCCCGUGUGUGAAGGUCCAUUGCUUCCAGUCUACCUGAAAACUCUCCACACGUCCCUAGUCCCCCGCUUGACAUUCGUCCGAAAGAGGUCUACAAUUCUUGCCUGAAAAUUUCCUAACCCAUCUUCAGUGCUUCACCAUGGCCGGCGGCGCAAUGAAAUAUCGACAUCUAGGUCGAAAGUCUUCGCACAGACAAGCUCUCCUCCGAAAUUUAGUUACAUCUCUUUUUACCCAUGAAUCAAUCACAACGACAUGGCCCAAAGCCAAAGAAGCACAGCGACUAGCAGAGAAGCUCAUAACCUUGGGGAAGAAGAAUACGGAAGCCAGCAAGAAAAGGGCCUUGUCGAUCUUUUAUACACCCCACGCUCUCCUCCCCAAGCUCUUCGGCACCCUUCGCGAGCGCUAUCUCACCCGCCCGGGCGGGUACACCCGCGUGCUGCGCGUCGAGCCCCGAAAGCCCGAUCAAGCGCCCUCGGCUAUUCUUGAGCUUGUUGACGGACCACGGGAUAUGCGUUUCGCCAUGACCGCUAAAGCUCUUGCCCGGCGCAGAACAGAGGGCAAGGAGGUUAACGAGAUUACGGCGAGGAAUGUUAAGAAGGUUACUCGCUUCAGGAAAGACGGGGUGGAGGCGCUAGAAGAAGAAGUCAAAAGGGCUGAGGCAGACUUGCUGAAGCGUGGUGUAUGAAUGAAUGGGGGGAAUUUGUCUUCUUUUUGACCAAGAUUUUCGCACUGAUGGCGUUUUAGAGUGAUGCCUCUUUUUCUGUAUAUUAUAUAUCUAGCUGAAAUUAUGUUGAACAGAGAGUAAUACCUUGCAUGGUGGAUGAUUUGCUUAGAUAUUUGCAUCUGGAGCUUUACAUUAUCCCCAAGUUCUAUGCUUUGAUUAUGAU